CUCAUAUUUUGGACUCACUCGAACGAGAGAAUUUGAUCUUAUUUCGAGUGGACUAAAACGUAAGUCUUAUCUUCAAUUAUUAUUUGCAUCGUCUCUAGUACGUUUGCUCAGAUUACUAAAUUUCAAAUUUCAGAUCUCUCAAUUUCUGUAAAAUGGGUAUUUCUUUCUCGAUACCCUUUGAUCCGUGUGUAAAUAAAGUCUCUCAAUGGCUAGACAUGAAAGUAAGUUAUACUCACAAUCUCGAGAAGAAUCUCGCAGCUUUGGAGAAAACCAUGAAAGAGCUCAAGGCUAAGCGGGAUGAUUUGGAAAGAAGGCUCAAAAGAGAGGAGGCUAGAGGUCUACAAAGGCUUUCCGAAUUCCAGGUAUGGCUUGAUAGUGUUGCGACUGUCGAAGACAUAAUCAUUACUCUUCUUAGAGAUAGAAAUGUUGAAAUUCAAAGGCUGUGUCUUUGCCGGUUUUGCUCUAAGAGUUUAACGAGGAGCUAUCGUUAUGGGAAAAGUGUUUUCUUGAGGUUGAGGGAGGUUGAGAAACUCAAAGGUGAAGUUUUUGGAGUGAUAACCGAGCAAGCUUCAACAUCUGCGUUUGAGGAACGACCUCUUCAACCGACAAUCGUUGGUCAAGACACAAUGCUCGAUAAGGCAGGGAAACAUCUCAUGGAAGAUGGAGUUGGUAUUAUGGGUAUGUACGGUAUGGGCGGUGUAGGGAAGACAACACUUCUCACUCAGCUCUACAAUAUGUUCAAUAAGGAUAAGUGUGGAUUUGAUAUUGGCAUUUGGGUUGUCGUGUCUCAAGAGUUUCAUGUGGAGAAGGUUCAAGAUGAAAUCGCUCAAAAGCUUGGUCUUGGUGGAGAUGAGUGGACACAGAAAGAUAAAAGUCAAAAGGGGAUUUGUUUAUACAAUAUCUUGAGGGAAAAGAGUUUUGUGUUGUUUUUAGAUGACAUAUGGGAAAAGGUGGAUUUAGCUGAGAUCGGAGUUCCGGAUCCAAGAACCAAAAAAGGACGUAAAUUGGCAUUUACGACUCGGUCCCAAGAGGUAUGUGCACGCAUGGGGGUCGAACAUCCAAUGGAAGUCCAAUGCUUGGAAGAGAAUGUGGCAUUUGAUUUGUUCCAAAAGAAGGUUGGACAAACAACACUUGGAAGCGAUCCGGGGAUCCCCCAACUUGCAAGAAUAGUUGCGAAAAAAUGUUGUGGCCUACCAUUGGCGCUCAACGUCAUAGGCGAGACCAUGUCAUGCAAAAGGACGAUACAAGAAUGGCGUCACGCUAUACAUGUUUUGAAUUCAUACGCUGCAGAGUUUAUAGGCAUGGAGGAUAAGGUUCUUCCGCUUUUGAAGUAUAGCUACGAUAACCUUAAGGGGGAGCAAGUCAAAUCGAGUUUGUUGUAUUGUGCUUUAUAUCCAGAAGAUGCGAAAAUUCUGAAAGAAGAUUUGAUAGAGCAUUGGAUAUGCGAGGAAAUUAUAGAUGGAAGUGAAGGUAUAGAAAAGGCUGAGGACAAGGGUUAUGAGAUUAUAGGUUGUCUUGUUCGCGCAUCAUUGUUGAUGGAGUGGGAUGAUGGGGAUGGACGACGUGCUGUGUGUAUGCAUGACGUUGUUCGUGAAAUGGCCUUAUGGAUCGCUUCUGAACUGGGAAUACAAAAGGAGGCCUUCAUUGUGCGUGCAGGUGUUGGCGUACGUGAAAUUCCAAAGAUUAAGAAUUGGAAUGUUGUGAGAAGGAUGUCAUUGAUGGAGAACAAGAUUCAUCAUCUCGUUGGUAGUUAUGAAUGUAUGGAACUCACAACUUUGCUCCUGGGAAAGCGAGAAUAUGGAAGUAUUCGGAGUCAAUUAAAAACGAUCUCGAGUGAAUUCUUCAAUUGCAUGCCAAAGCUAGCUGUUUUGGAUCUAUCGCAUAAUAAAAGUCUCUUUGAAUUGCCGGAAGAAAUAUCAAAUCUAGUUUCCUUGAAAUAUCUCAACUUGUUAUAUACUGAGAUAAGUCAUUUGCCUAAGGGUAUACAAGAGUUGAAGAAAAUAAUUCACUUGAAUUUGGAGUAUACAAGGAAGCUUGAGAGCAUUACUGGGAUAUCAAGUCUGCAUAACUUGAAAGUUCUGAAAUUAUUUCGUUCUAGAUUACCAUGGGAUCUCAACACAGUGAAGGAGCUGGAAACUUUGGAACAUUUAGAAAUUUUAACCACAACUAUCGAUCCAAGAGCGAAGCAGUUUUUGAGCUCCCAUAGGUUGCUGAGUCAUUCACGAUUGCUAGAGAUCUAUGGAUCUUCUGUAUCCUCACUAAAUAGACAUCUAGAAUCACUUUCAGUAUCUACGGACAAGCUUCGCGAAUUUCAAAUUAAGAGCUGCAGUAUCUCUGAGAUUAAGAUGGGAGGGAUAUGCAACUUCUUGAGCCUCGUCGAUGUGAAUAUAUUCAAUUGUGAAGGCUUGAGGGAAUUGACGUUUCUGAUCUUUGCUCCAAAGAUUAGAUCUCUUUCUGUUUGGCAUGCAAAAGACCUAGAAGAUAUAAUAAACGAAGAGAAAGCUUGUGAAGGUGAAGAAUCGGGGAUUCUUCCUUUUCCAGAGCUGAAUUUUCUUACUUUACAUGAUCUACCGAAGCUGAAGAAGAUCUAUUGGAGACCUCUACCCUUUCUAUGUCUAGAAGAAAUCAAUAUAAGGGAAUGUCCAAAUCUGAGAAAGCUUCCACUCGAUUCCACAAGUGGCAAGCAAGGUGAAAAUGGAUGCAUCAUACGUAACAAAGAUUCACGUUGGUUUGAAGGUGUGAAAUGGGCAGACGAAGCUACGAAAAAACGCUUCUUACCUUCAUGCCAAUUGAUUUCUCUUAAAUGAUUUUCAAGGAUUGUGUCAGCUGUUACUUUUGAGUAUAUUUCCAAAAAAAAAUAUAUCCAGAGACCCAGGCUGCUUACUAAGGGAGCAAGUUGGAAGUUGAUAAUGUCAUUUGGGUUCUAAAUGGAAACUUUCUAUCUCUUUGUUGCUUUCUGCUGAAUUCUCUACCUGCUUAUCUCUCUGUUGUGUGUUUUGCAUUCUGUGUAAUCAGUAUCACACUUUGUAUUAUUGCUUUAUGUGAGUUCUUUUUAUAGUCCUUGCCUUCCACAUGAAACAUACUUUGAUGACUAGUUAGUGAUGAAUGUAUGCAAAUUGAUUGGGAUGUGGAUCAACGAUUCUGAGUCUUGUGAUUUCUAAUUAUGAUCUUGCAAAAACUAGUUGAUACUAAUAAUUCGAUAGCUAUUGGCAUGAGAAAGAAAAGACAGUUGUAGGAGUACUCAAUCCCUGAAAAGGCAUGUUUGGAUCUGAAAGUAUUGAGACUGUGAGGUUCUGAUGUUUCAUUGGACCUCAACACAGUGGAGGAGUUGCUAGUUUUGGAAAGAUUAAAAAUUUUAACCAUAAGAAUUGGUUUAUGAUUCAGGUUUGGUUCAAUUUUUAAUUUCUCAUCUUAAGCUUAUGAGCUGUACACGAGAUUUAGAGAUUAGUAGUCUUCAACUAGAAUCAUCUGAGAUAAAGAUUGAUAUGACGUGCAUUCAAAGCAACACAAGUUCUCUGUUGCGCAAUCCAAUAAUUUCUUGAGUCUUUCUGAUGUGUAUGUAUAAGAUUGUAAAUGCCUAGGGAGUUUACAUGGCUGAUCUUUGCUCCAAGUCUUAGAUAUAUUGAUGUUGAAUGUUCUGACUAGCUCUAGAAGAUAUAAUAAGUAAAGAGAAGGCUAGUUUAAGUGAAGAAUCAGGGACUUUUCUUACGCUUACAAAUUCCUGUUAAUGAAGUGUUUAUAGUUUCAUUACUCAGUUUUGUUUGUUUAAUUCUUUUCAGAUUGGAUAAAAUGUUUGUUACAAACAGUAUAUGCUUCGGCACUUUUUAUUUUAAACAGA